AUGGAUAAUUUAUUCACGAUUUGUUUUUUAUUGCUUUUAAUCACUGUACAGUAUUAUUGUAAGAGUAUUAGUUUGACUAGUUUUCUGAAUGCCGUUACUCUACGGGCUGAAAAUUUGACAAUAUCCUUAUCGGAUGUUGAGCUACAUAAUGGUAUCCUUUCAUUCGAUGGAGUUAAAGUGGAAGGGAAAGGAGUUCGGUACAACGGAGCUAAACGAACAGAAACUCUACUCGAUCAAGAGAUACGUAUUGUUGAAUAUCCGGAAUUGGUCAAUUCAAUUGAUCGUACAGUGGAUCCAUGUGAUGAUUUUUAUUCAUUUGUAUGCAAUGGUUGGAUUCAAUCUCAUCCCAUUCCUCAAAAUCAAUAUCAAACUACUCAAACGGAAAUUCUCAAAGAUAAACUUACAAAACAAAUGAGAGAAAUAUUUUCUGCUCCCGCUCAGAAAUCAUCAAGAGUAGAUGCCCUCAUGAAAACUUUUUAUCAAAAAUGUGUCCACAAUGCGUACUCAGAAAGCACAGAUGGAUAUCGAUUGCUAUUCGCUAAGCUGAGAGAACUUCGGCAAGUAAAUUCGAUCACUGAUUGGCUACUAGUUAUGAGGACGGAAAGACUGUUUCAUGAACUCACAGUGUCUGCUGAUGAGCAUAAUUCUACAAGAAAUACAUUACAAAUAGUCCCUGUGGCGUCCAUGUUAUCAGCGCAAAUUUAUUUCGAUCCUGCAUAUUCGCAAGAGUUUUUAGCUUCGAGGGAUGUGUUAUUUAGAAUGCUGGCAAUCAUCGCAGCAGAGGAUCAUAUGAUGGAAUUCGUAUCCAGAAAUAUUCUGGAACACGCUAGACGGGUGGAAUCAUUGAUCAGAGUUGAUCAAACGGUGGCUAAGAUAAAUGAAGAAACGGAAUUCAAUACCGAUUCAAUAGCUGUCACUAUUGGAGAGCUCCAAGAAACACUAAGAUCGGUCGACUGGAUUCGCUACAUUUCCGCAUUCAUACCACGACGUCUUCAGUAUAGGUUAGCAAAGAGGCAGGUCCGAUUGUCACAAAUCCUCACCAUUCGAAGAUUGGAAGAGUUUCUUUUAAACAUAGAUCCACAAACACUUUCGGAUUACCUUGAUUGGAAGGUCAUCUUUCACUUCAGUGAAUUUCUUGGCGAGAAGUUUCAAAUGCUUAUGGAGGAGUUCACUGCGCAAGUAUACGGAGUGCAGGGCAGAGAUCGAACGGAUGAGUGUGUCGCUUUAACAUUGACUAUGUUCCAUGAUUUAGCAGGAAAACAGUACCUGGAGCAACAUUUCAACUUUGACAGCGUUUUCAACGUAAAAGAGCUAAUCGAAGACGUCAGAAGUGCUUUUCUGGAAAUGUUAAGUGAAAACGAAUGGAUGGACGAGAAGACAAAAAAUCGAGCGAGAAUAAAGCUCAAUUUUAAUGCGGAAAACAAUUAUUAUGAUAUCGUAAUGACCAUGGAACUAUGGCUCCAGAAACGUGCGUUUCUAAAGUUGGAAAAGUUGAACACUCGUGACACAUUCGACACCUCCGUGGUAGAUGUGAACGCAUUUUAUGACGGAAGUCAAAAUCAUAUUGCUAUCAUGGCUGGCAUGUUACAAUCACCAUUUUUCAAUGUUUCUCUGCCCAGGAUUAUGAACUAUGGAGCUAUUGGUGUGGUUGCUGGGCAUGAAAUUACGCAUGGAUUUGAUGACAGCGGUGCAUCAUACGAUGAAGUGGGGAACAAAAAUAAUUGGUGGGACGAUCAAACGUAUAAAAAUUUCGAAUGGAAAAAACAAUGCUUCGAUGACCAAUACGGAAGUAUUUUUGUGGGCGACCUUAACGUACGGAUUGACGGUAGACGAACUGAAGGCGAAAACAUUGCUGACAAUGGUGGAAUGCGAGCAGCGAUAAAGGCAGCUGCUCGGCUCGCAUCUCGUUCCAAUGAUCCAUUCACCGUUGCUGGAUUAGAAGAUUUCACCCAAAUGCAGUAUUUCUUCAUGAACUACGCUUUUAUUUGGUGUGGAAGUACUCGUCGUGCUACAUUACUGAACAAGCUUGCCACUGAUGUACAUCCUCCGGAUAUGUACAGGGUGAACGUGGUAUUGUCUAAUCAACCAGAAUUCGCAAAAGCAUUCGAAUGUCAUCCAGGUUCACCAAUGAAUCCACCAAAUACUUGUAAAUUAUGGUGA